AUGGCCGCUGUGCUCGAAACACCAUCCAGAAUAUGGCGAAGAAUUGAAGCCAUCGAGGGCAGAGACAUGCCAUCCUUGCCUUCCCUUCCAGACUUCGAGGAUUCAGCUGAAGAAGAAGAUACCUCGUUGAGUAAAAUACUCGAAAACGAUUCUGAUGACCAGUUCGAACAAGACCUCCAAAGCGUUUCCUCGCCAAUCCACUCUACUCCCGCUGCAUCGACUCAUAACACGGUGAUAUCCGCCUACCGUGCCCAGUCUAGCACGUCUAGCACUGCUCGGUUUGCGAACUCCAUUGCUUCCAGAUCAGUCAAGUCCUUUGGUCAAUCUUCCUCUCGAGGGGAUUCGACAAAGCGAAGCCAACAGGACAGCUUUGAUAUUAGCGAUAUUCCAUCUCUCCCUCGUAUCCAGCCUGAGACAGGAACUGCACGAUAUUUAGACGACACUGAUGAUGACGAGGAGAGCAAAACGAGCGUUCCAGACGUCUACCUACCCCCACCAGAAGAGGAAGAGGACUUUCCUGCCCAGCGAGAACUUUCUUUAACCGAUGCCCUCCAGCCAAUCAGCCGUACAGGAUCUCCAUCCUUCCCUUUGGAGAAUUUUGAUCAUGAAGGAACGCCAAAGAAGAACUAUGACUUUUCAGUUAGCCUGAAAUCAGAGCCAAAGGCCUCGCCAUUUGAUAAAUAUCGUAACGUAGCAUUGAGGAAGACUACUGCACGAACCCGAACCCCAUCUCUUUCUCGAACUACUUCCUCAGAGGCCACCUCACCUGGUGCAUCUACUCCACGAAGCGACAGGUCUACGCCUUGGUUAGAAGGAGAAUCUCCUCAAUCAGCUUCCUCUGCCGCUCGAUCGACAACCACUUCCCCUGCCACUAGGCGCCGCUUGAACGAAGACAUUACCAGCCCAUUGGAUCAUGGACAUAGCAGUGAAAGCCGGGACGCUGGGAUUCGUUCGAUGGAUAUUACGGACAUCCAUAUUUCUCCCCUAAGGCCAGAAGAUGAACGUACACAAGAAGAUGCUGACGAGCACCAGCAACACAUACUCCAAAACUCAAUAGAAAGGGAACCUACGUUCUCAUCAGAUGGCGACCCCACACCGCAUGCGUCGAGGAUUAGUGCUGACCCAGGCUCUUACCCAGCCAGUUCACCCAGUGCUUUAUCAUCUCCAGCUCAAUCCAUUGCUUUCACUCCUACUCCUGCCUUUCCCCGACCGCGUGCCCGUUUCGACCUCCCACCACCCCCUGCCGACCUAUUGGCCACGCCAGCUCCUCAGGAACAAAAUGAUCAUGGAGAGGAGGAAGACUUGAUGACUCCACAUACCCGCCGUCGUUCGUUCCUCCUCUCCGUCAUUAAUUCCACUGCGAGACCUCGAAUGAAAUUCCCCACACCCCAUCCACGUCACCUUUUGAGCACUCCAAGUAUCGCCGAAUCUACUCCAGCGGCGGGUUCGUCUUCUUUUUCUUCUGGCUCCAGCACAAACCUGCAGGCCGCAUUCGCUGGCGUUACUCCAAGACCCAGGAUGCCUGCCGGAAGACGAGCAUCACAUCCUCUGUCACAAGCAAUCUCUGCAUCUGCUUCGCCUGGAACGUCAGACUCAGAGUCUUCAGCCGGACCCUCGGGAUCCGGCUUGGCGCCUUGGGCCACUCCAGCACAGUUCUCUCCAUAUGAUGGAGCUGCAGAUAAGGCUUCGUUUAUUUCUACGGCCUCAUCCCAUGACUUAACUACUCACCAUCGAGUGAACACGUCGUUCGAUCCUGCUAUGGGCUUUGGAGCAGGUGCUCCAGGACAUGGUGUAGGGCGAUUCAAUGCCGGAAAAUUGAACAAUUAUUUGCAUGGUCUGAAUCGGAGACUGCAGGAAGAGAACGAGGCGCUGCUUGCCAGACUCAGGAACCUCGAAGCGGAGAAGAAAAUCGAAGAGGCGGUUUCUGCUGACCCCAGUCGAAGGUUGAGUGGUGGUAGCAGAAGAAGCUCGAUGGGUACUACACUCAGUAAUGUCCCAGAGGACAUGGCAGAGGGAUGGUUGGAGGAGAAGGCAGAGUUGGAGGAUAUGGUGGAUGCGUUCAAGGGGGAGGUCACGAAAUGUAUGGUGGAGAAGGAAGAAGUUGAGAGGGAACUGGAAAAAGAGAAGGAGGAACGAGAAAGAGAUAAGGAACGGUGGAGGGAACGGAUGGCUGAAGUUGAGGAAGGCGUUUCUGGGAUCAUUGCUGGGUUGGAGAGAAAGCUGGAAGCAUCGGAGAAGAGAGUAAAGGAAACUGAGGAAGAGUCAAGACGGCAGAUUCAAGAGAUGGAGAGGGAAUUGAGCGAUAUUCGAGGAGAGCAUGAUUUGGCUGUGGACCGCGCUUCUAAGGCCGAACGUUUGCUGGAAAAUGGCAAAGAGCUUGGUGGGGCCCUGAAGGAGGCAAAUGAGCGUGUUGGGAAAAUUAUGAGCGACCUUCGGAACGCCAACGCACAGACCAAGGAACUGGAGGAUGAGCUUACGCAGUCCGAUGCUCGUAUUGACGAACUUCAGAAGAGGGCGAAGGAGGAUCAGGAGGUCAUCUCAGGAUUAGAGGAUGAACUCAACAACCAAUCGGACGCCGUCGCUUCUGAAAGAGCCAAGAACAAGCAGCUGGAAGAUGUGCUCCAUGAAGCCGAGGAAGAGCUUGGCGCGACCAAGGCGUAUGUCAACGAGCUGGAGGAAGGUGCCUCUGCCGCCGUGGAGCAGAUCGAGAAACUCGAGGAAGAACUGGCAGCAGCACAUGAAACGGUCGAAUCAAUGGAGAACGCUGAGGAGCAGGCUUCGAUCCACAUGAAGAAUCUUGAGGAAGACGCUGAGAAGGCUAGAGAGGUGGCAAGGCAGAUGGAGGAAGCUUUGGACGAGGCUGAGCGAAAGAUGCUAGCUGACGAAGAGGCACUUGCAGAUCUCAAAGUUAAAGUGGACUCUCUCGAACGCGAGAAGCAACGACUGGCGUCUCAAGAAAUCUCUCGCACUCCAGCAGUCGAAACAGGGUUGACCGAGGAUGACCUGGAAGCUCUGGAGAACGAGCUUGAUGGUGCUAACAAGGAGAUCGCGCGGCUACAAACCCUCCUGGAGCAGUCCCCGGCCCGCAAGGCUAUGGAGAAGGCGAAAGAUAUGAAGAUCGAGAUGCUUGAACGAGAAAAAGAGGAGUUGCUCGAGAGGAACAAGGCUCUACGGAUGACAUUCAAUGAGAUGAACACCCCGAGCAAAGUUUACAAUGUCAAUGGCAUAUCGCCUAUUCACCGUCAUGUGUUGUCGAUGUCCAUUAAGGCGCCUCGGACCCCUGGAGCCCCACUGCGAGAUAUGUCAUGGCUAAACAACACCACCUCGGAUCCCUCAAUAUCACCAUUGGUGGCAGAAAUUGGUCGCCUACAACGUGAACUUGAUUCGGCCAACGAAAGUAUCGACGACAAGUUGGACAAGCUUGAAGAUGCAGGGUUGGGCGUCGUUGGUUUAACCAAAAAGCUUGAAGAUUCCCGGUCGAAGAUCAGCAGACUGGAAGACGAGAUUGCUAGGCUUUCAAGGAAGGAAGAACGGUUCAUGCGUCGGUUCAGUCGGAUGAGGUGCCAGAAAUGUAACAUCAAAGUUGAUCUUCGGAAGCUGACUCAGUUAGAUGAGAGUUCAGUGGAUAUCUCACGAGACAACCUCUCAGCGGAACCUCCUACCCCCCCAACUAGAACCAGCGAAGCGCUCCGUGCCGACGUCAGGUCCUUGAAUGCGCAUCUUGACAGUUUGAAGAAGCAAUGGGAGGAAGAAAAGAAACAACUUCUUGGUGAAAAGGCCGUGCUCCAAGAUGCAGCAACGCGUUUGAACGUGCAAGUUAAGAGUGCAAAGGAAGAGGCCAGAAAAGCUGCUGAAACUGCUCGUGGGGGUGAUAGAGCCAAAGCGAACGUGCAGAGCGAGCUAGAGCACGCAAAGCAAACCAUUUCAGAGCUGGAAGCUGCAUUGAGUUUAGAACGCGCGCAGUUGAGGUCGUUGACUGCCGAGCAGGAUCGUAUGGCUCGGGAGAAAAAGCAGGUCAUGACUCAGCUCCAGAGGACGGAAUCCGACAUGGAUGAUGUCCGCCAACAGUUGCAGAGAGUCAAGCAGGAGAACUUGGAGCUGGAGACGGAACUGAGAGAGAACAUCAACGCCGAGCAGAAGGCACGUCUCCUGGAGAAACGCGUUGCAGAGAACGCAGAGACCAUCGCUCAGCUAAGGCAGGAGCGAUCUCUCCUGGCUGCAGAUCAUAAGGACCUUCAACGCCACUAUUCUGAGAUAUCCGAGAAUGCUAAUAAACUCCGGGAAGAACACGCUACGCACUUCACCUCCCACGAUAACCGAAGGCACCAACUUGAUAUACAGCUCCUCGAGAUCGAGGACCUUCGCCAUGCGCUGGAGCAUCAGGCAAACGAGCUCCAACGCACGGAGCAAGAGAAGGACAAGAUUUUCUCUGAAAAAAAUGACGUCGCUGAAAUGGUUGCCCUACUCGAGAACGACCUCAAGCGAGUGAGGAGGGACGCAGAAGCGUUUGGGAAGGACUUGAAGACUUUGCGUGCAGAGAAAGAAAGGGUGGAGGGGAGGCUUAAGGAAGAAGUGGCGAAGGGCGAGAGAGCGAGGAAGCAGGGUGCGGCGCAGGUGAGGUUGUUGAAUGAACAGUUGGAGAAGCAGAAGGAGAAGGCGGGGAGGGCGAAGGAGGAGUUGAGGAAGCAUGUGUGUGCUGCGGACGAGAUGCAGCUGUCUGCGAUGAAGUUGCAGCAUAAUAAAGAGUGUAAAGGUCUCAUGCUGCAGAUUCGGUAUCUCAAAGCCAAAUUCGUUAGGGAGGCAUGUUUUAGAGAUGGGCUGGUGUAUCAGAAGAAAUAUCUCUUGGAGUUGUUGGGGAAGUACGAGAAGAGCGAGCGAACGAUCUUCGCUUCGAUAGCGAGAAUCGGGUUCCCCGUUGCGGUGGCCCCUCCAGCUACGAAGAAAGCGCCAAAGUUGAAAAGCGUUGCGAUGAUGGUUGUUUUCUUGAGUCGCGUCAAGUGGGUUUCCUCAUCCUUUCACGUGGUAGUAGCUGCCCAUCUGACCCGUUGA